CCCACCCUGUGGAACCGAUUUGCAGGACAACUUUGUGAAGAAACGUGGAUAACGAGAGUUGAGAUUCAGUGAAUCAAACUUUAAAGUUUCCUCAUGGCUGAUGACACCGAAACAAGAACAAGUAGGUCAGACUCACCUGUUUGUUCUAGUGGAUCAGAAAGUAAUGAAGAUGUUUUUGAAAAAGAAGGCACUCCACAAAUGCCAAGUUCCCCAUCACGGAAAACAAAAGCCAGGAAGAUAUCUGAGAGAGGAGGAAAAACAAGAUCCAAAAUUGUCUACACAGCUGGACGACCACCUUGGUACGAUUCAAAUGGACAAUUGAAAAAAGCCUUCAUGAUUGGUAUAUGUGGAGGAAGUGCGUCAGGGAAGACCACAGUUGCCAAAAAGAUCAUCUCCGAACUUGGAGUUCCGUGGGUUGUUAUCCUCUCAUUGGACUCCUUCUACAAGGUAUUGUCCCAUGAACAACAUGAAGCAGCUGGAAGAAAUGAAUACAAUUUUGAUCAUCCAGACGCAUUUGAUUUUGACCUGGCUGUUGAAACAAUGAAGAAACUGAAAGAGGGAAGAAGUGUCCAGGUUCCAAUUUAUGACUUUACAAGUCAUAGUAGACUAGCAAAACAGAAAACUGUUUAUGGUGCAAAUGUUGUCAUAUUUGAGGGAAUUAUGACUUUUGUUUCACCAGAACUUCUUGAUAUCUUAGACAUGAAAGUAUUUGUGGACACAGACUCUGAUAUUCGAUUAGCACGACGUCUUAAGCGCGAUAUAAGCGAGAGGGGACGAGACUUGAUUGGCGUUCUCAAACAAUAUGAUACAUUUGUAAAGCCGAUGUUCGAGCAAUACAUUGCCCCGUCAAUGAAAACUUCAGACAUUGUUGUGCCAUGGGAGGGAGAAAAUACGGUUGCUAUCAAUCUGAUUGUGCAGCAUGUUCGAACGCAGCUUGAAAAGCGUGGAUUCAAUUUCAGAUCAAAGCUGGUUACAGCUCAUAAAGGACAGCCGUUGCCUGAUAAUUUACACAUUGUCGAAGAUACUCCACAGCACAGAGGGUUGCAAGCAAUCAUCAGGGACAAGAACUGCGCAAGGGAUGACUUUGUAUUCUACUCGCAGCGCUUAAUGAGGAUUUUGAUCGAAAAAGCGAUGUCCUUGCUACCAUUCAAGUCCCACAUAUGCACUACGGUGCAUGGCAGUAAAUACAACGGUGUGCGAUUCGCAGGUGCCGGGAUUUGUGGAGUAUCAAUAUUACGUGCUGGGGAGGCGCUUGAAGAUGCCCUCGUUUCUGUAUCAAAAGAUGCCAAGAUCGGAAAAAUAUUGAUUCAGACGAACAAAGACACAGAUGAACCCGAACUACACUACCUCCGUUUGCCAAAAGAUAUCAGAAGAGACCACGUGAUCUUGAUGGAUGCUACCGUUGCAUCAGGAGCUGCUGCGCUGAUGGCAAUAAGAAUAUUGCUUGACCAUGAAGUAAAAGAAGAAAAUAUAAUGUUUGUUUCAUUAAUAAUGGGAAAAGCAGGGGUCCAUUCUAUCGCCUUUGCUUUUCCAAAAGUGAAGAUUGUGACAACUGCUGUUGAUUCAGUAACCAAUGAAAAUUACCACAUUAUACCAGGGAUUGGUAAUUUUGGCAACAGGUAUUUUGGUACUGAGCUGGAGUAAUGGAAUAGGUGCCAUGCAAGACGCGCAUUAUGGCAGCCCAUUCUUUUUGCGGGUAGGGUCAACAUUCGAAUAGCUGAUUGUUAGUAAAGUGCUUGUAGACAAGGUUUAUGUACAACUAAAGAAGCUAUGGCCCAAAACAGCCUAAAAGCUUGCCGGUUAGGACUUCAAUGGAAACCAGUCAAACCCUAUAUUGUUUUCAGUUUAUAUCCAUCUGUUAGUUAGAGCUCUUAUCAUUCCAAUUGAAGGAUAGCAUUUGCUGACAUUCAACACCUUGGGUAUGAGAUUGAUGACAGUCUUGUUUAUCCAACAAUAAACUUUAACUAAGGGUGGUACCAGAAUGUUUCCUAUAAGGUGGAAUGAAUUAUUCGGCGCAGAGUCUUAAAUAUUUUGUUCACCUUAUGACUGCAGUUAAUUAUUUUUGUGUUUUAUCUUCAUACGGGGGGCUAGCAUUCUCCGAAAGGGGUUAUUCCCUUUAGCCUUCCCUGUGCGCCAUCGCUAGCUAGAUUCAGUACAUAUCUCUAAUGGAGGACAAUAUUUAAUCACAUGACGCCCUUAUGAUAAGGCAAUAUAUGAGUUUAUUUUUAGGUGUUUUUACACUUCGAGUUAUUCCCUCUUUACCUUGUAUCAUUCUGUGUCUAUUUGCAUUAUUCCUGCUCUCUGUUUAUCUGAACUCCAAGAUUCAGUGAAUGCAACGGACAGCCUAUCUAGCGUUCUUUUCAUAUGUGCAUUUAACAAAAACCUUUUUUAUCCUCAGCCCCCCCCCCCUAUUCCAGUAAAAACUCCCUAAUAUCUGUUAAGCCUGCUUCCUGAUGCUUUGUAUCACUAGAAGUUCUGCGGGACUCAGAGGGAACCAGCCAAUUAUUUAUUAUAAUGUAAUUUUAUAAAUGAUGAACAGGAUUGUAUAUCAUAUAUCCUGGAACGUCAUAAAUGUAUGUAGUUUUAUGUAGCCAUUUUCAAUAUCUGAUAUUUCACCAAUAGCUUUAACGAAUUGUUUAUCAUAUGAUUUUGAUUGAGAAGUAUUUUUAAAUUUUCUUUUACGAGACCUACUGCAAUGCAGGAUCAUUCAGCAACUACGGGCUGUAUUAAGGGAUUGGUGGUGGGGGCUUGAACUUGAUCACGAGCUCAAUCUGCAAUAAGAGCAAGAUAGUUCAUUGUAAAGCUGUAAUCUAUUUUGGGAAUUAUUUUGGGCUAAGCCUUCCCUACUCCCAGUUAUGCAAUCACAUUGAACUUCCAUAGAAAAGAUAGAACUAUUGGAAGCAACAAUGUUUAAGAGCAAUGGAUUGUUGGUUAGAGACAGAGAAUUCUCUAAUUUUUGUAGAUGCCCUCUCCAAUGAACAGUAGUAGCUGCGGCUCUGCGUUGCAGUUUUGGAAACCCUGGAUAGAGCCCCUUUGUAUCAUAUCCCAGCUGGAACACGCUCGCGAAAUAUGUCCUUGAGAAAGACUGUUUAGUUGAUAUUAUCACGCAGACAUUAUUAAGAAUAAUGUCCAUCGCCAUUGCAAAAACCCUGUCAGAAAAAACUGUUUUGCAUUUUUGGGCAGUCAGUCUGUCUUUUAGACACAUCUUUCGCAUAUCCUUUUGUAUCCAUUAUUGUAGUUUCGUUUCCAAACCCUCUUAGAAACAGACUGGGGUGGUCUAACGAAUGAAACGUCACCAGUCCAAAUUCUCAUCUUAUCCUAACAAAUGUGGUUUAGCUCGAACCAGAUUUCGCAUUUUUCAUAUUCCAUUAAAUAGAUGAUACUGUUAUCUCGCGCGGAUUACUUUUCCAUUCAAUUUAAAUCCAUUUGCAGAGUACGAAUGUUCAAGAUGGCAAAUUCACAAAUUUGAGAUAUAGAUAUAGUCGUACCCGUGGUGUGACUCAAAAGUAGCAUUGCUGAUCUGGUCCGGGUCGUAAUAUAAAUAGGAACUUCGUAGAUAAAACAAGUUAUAUUUGCCCAGUUGCUUAUGGGGUGGAUGCCCAUCUAGAUCUCUAAUAUCUAAGCCGAAAUUAAAUGAUAAAUUUAAGAGAUAGGGGCUGAAAACCGGGGAAGGCGAGAAGACAUUUUCUCUGUUUUAGUCUCGUUUCAGUAACCACCGAGUGAGGCUUUGUUGUUAUGGAAACUACGGCAGGUGCGGGGUUAAAUUGCAAAUAAAAAAUGGCUAGUUAGCUCACCGCAGCGGCGACCGAUUUUCUUUAAUCGUGAAUUGAAAGACAAUCAGGGAAACAACCGCGAGCGAAAUCCUUCUUAUACUAUUGAAGAAAACCGUCCAAGGACUUAGAACCCGUUCGAAAAGUGUUUACAAACAACUUACGCUUAUGAUCAAAGUAAUCUUAAUUAUUUUUGCUGCUCGGAUUGAAGUUUCACGGAAAUGCCGCUACUGAAGUUCUAAGCUUUCUCGCAUUAAUUACAUGCAAGAAGACAUCAAAUUGUCAUUUCACAGUUUCAAUGCUGAUGUCAUACCAAAGUUUGCUGCCCAAAAGAAAGUAUUAGAAAGCACAACUGGAUAUGACACAAUGAAUGAAGCCAAGACAAUAUCUCUCCGUUAUAGACAUGGAAAUACAGGAGGUGACCCUACAAGCAAACUAUUUGCCAACAAUGCUAACUUCAACCUGCCUAGCUUACUGCAGUCCCAGACGAGACUAAAAGCUCCUCUGAAAGCUCCUUCGCAGUUGAAAAAGGACGUUUCUGUAGAAAUUGCAGCGCCAUUCACAAUAAUGAGUUACAGGCCAGAGAAACUUGACGCAGUCAACAAAGCUUCGCUGAAAACCCAGCAGUUGACUAGGACGAGAAAGGCCUCCAAGACUUUUGCAGGAUCAAAUCCAAGAUGGAAAUCCAAACAGCCUGAUCUUCCAAAUCGUGCAAGCGACUAUCCUGAUCCUCUCUUCAAAGCUAGCAAAUCAUUUUUAGCAAGAAUAUCAGAACUUUCUCAACUUGAAUUGGAAACCGUGAAAUUGGAGAAAACCAAGAAGUUAAGGAAGAAAAAACCAGCAGAUAUAUGAGAUUUCAAUAAUAACAAACCUUUUAAAUACUGUAAAUAUAUUUUCUAUUGCUUUUUGAUAAAGAAAAAUAAUUCAAUAUAUCGAA